AGACUCAAUGGGCUUAUCAAUUGGACUAAAGCAUGAAGACUCUCGAAGAGUUAUGAAGACUCAGGGUAACCUGGAUGUUGUUAUGCAAUCUGGAUAAGUAUAAAAGAGUCUCUUGGUUCGUGAACCGACUUUACUUUCACUUGGCAUCUCAGUUUCAUCUUUGUGUUUUCUCUCUCUCUUGUUUAGACGAUUUAGGGUUUGUGAGAGAAUUACUCUGAUUCUCUUUUCAGUUGUUGAUUCCUGUAUAUUGUCUAUACAGAUUAUCAUAUUGAUAAUCUGUUUGUGAGAAGAGUUAUGAGAGUCGGUAUGAUAUCUCCAAGUAAAUUGAGGAUGAAGUUGAUGGGCCAGAGGAAGAAAGAUGGAGGAUCAAAAAACAAUUCAGCAAGAACAUCUCCUUCUAAACUUGAAGAUACCGAGUUUGUGAACAGCAGUUUGUUAGCUUCAAACUCCGGAGUGUUUGAUGAGGAAGUGUCUAGCAUGGGAAUUUCAUCAGUCACAUUCGAUAACCCGCAAGUUGAUCCGGGUCGUGUGAAACCGCACCAAUUUCAGAAGAUGGAUACUAGUAAUUCAAGAUCGGUUCAUCCAAUAAGAUCAUUAGAAGACGAGAAUCUCGAUUAUGACAGUAAUACUAGCUCAUCCAGCUUUGAGUUUCAAAAAAGCGAGCGGUUGACACAUAAUGCUUUUUCAAGAUCCCUGUUGCGACCGAUGUCUUCAAAAUGGAAUGAUGCUGAAAAGUGGAUAAUAAAUCGGCAAAAUAUGCAUAAUCAUAAUCCGAAAAACACUAUGCAAACCCGAGUGAACCGAGGGGCCUUAAAUACCGUAAAUGGGAUUAAAAGUUCUACUACCGAGUCUGUUAGUUCCAUUAAACGCGUUGACUUUUGUCAACCCACACUACAAACAGAGAAGUUUUCAUUUAUACCCUCUGAGCCACCACAUCGCUCUGUUUCUGAAGGGAACGAGUCAAUCGAUCAAUUUCUUGAAAGUAAAGAUCUAAAAGAAAUCGACACCAGGGUGCCGUCAUGUGGACAUAAUGUAAAUGAAGAUAAAACGGGUAUUAGUUAUUAUAAUGUUAUAUAUAAGUUAAUUAGAUCUUUUAUUUAAUAAUUAUAACAAA